AUGGCCAUCGCCUCUGAUGCGACGAGUGAUGAGGAUGACGACUGCCAGUUUGAGUACGUGGCGCCGUCGGCAAACCGGGAGAAGGGGGCUGCAGGCGCUGGCGCCCAGCGGGUGCGCAAGACGGUGUACGAAGAGGAACGCGAUGCACGCGUGAGUGCCAUUGUGAGCCAGCAGGGUCUUAAGCUGCCGCUACAGCCGGAGGCGGCCCCGGCCACGCUGCGUGCCACGGAGAAGGAAGGCAAAGUCACGGAACGGCAAGACGCGGAGGAGGGGGAAAAGAAAAGCACCAAAUCCGCGCCUAACCCCACGGAGGAGGCGCAGCGACUGAAGAACCAACGCUACUCCAUUUACCGUCGAAACAGGUACUUGAACCAGAAUGCUCUGAGGGAAGUGGAUCCCGGUACAAAGCGCCACAUGCAGAUUGUGUAUACACCCAGCAAUGCAGGGGGGAAGCAGUAUCAUACAUUGCGGCGGGGGGGAUACACCGGAACCUUUUCAGGAGGGCGACGGUUCACGCCGCGAUUUCCUUCAGGGUAUAAAAGACCACGGGAAUGA